UUUUUCGUUUCAAAAUCUUUUACUGACUAUCGACAAUACAGGGAUAAUGUAUGAUAAACAAGAUAAAUUGAAUUACCAUGCAAAGAUAUAACGAGAAAAAUAUGUCGAUAUGGAAUCUCUUCUCUUCAAUAUAAGUUCUAGAUUUCACGGAUUUUUAUUUUUGUUAGUGUUUUUUAAUAAGCAUAGAUUUCAUAAAUAAUUAUUUUCAUAGAUGGACUGGAAACCAACUCAGGGGGAAAUUUCAUGCGAUUGUACUGGCCAGAAUGGACUCACCUUUGCAAAUUCUUUUUACGUCGCUCCAAACACCAUUGACUUUGCUACAGUAUUUCUGAAAUUUUCCCCCCAGGAUCAGGCCGCUGUGUUGGCAACAUUCGUCCUUAUUUUAGUUCUUUACAUUGCGCUGAUGAUUUGGGGUCGUCACCAGGAUAAGAAGGAUAUCGUCAGGUGGGGCGUAACUCCUUUGAUUGACAACUUUGUUGAUGAUACUUACUACUAUCUGAUUACUGUAUACACUGGAAUGAGGCGGGGUGCGGGAACAAGGUCACGUGUCGGCUUCAUUGUGGCGGGAGAGGACGGUGAUACUGGUGUCAGAGAACUGUUUGACGGUGUUCGAACGGAAUUUCGGACGGCCAGUGUGAACCAUUUUCUAAUGGCUACCUCCCAGCCCCUGGGACCGUUGACAUACUUCUACAUCUUCCAUGACAAUUCCGGAGAAGGAGAGUGGUCAUCAUGGUACCUCAAUCGUGUCGACGUAGAAGACCUCCAGGAUAGGACCAGAUUUGUCUUCAUGUGUGGUCGUUGGCUAUCGCUGGACAACCUGGAGAGCCAUGUUGAGGCCGUUCUUCCCGUUUGUGGCCGAGAAAACGUAACAACAUUUAAGAAUAUGUUUUACAUUAACUAUAAGGAAAGUUUGGCCGAUAAUCAUCUCUGGAUCUCAAUUUAUUUCCGACCAACCAGUAGCCAUUUUACUCGAAUCCAAAGAAUCACGUGUUUGUUACUAUUUAUAAUGCUGACGAUGAUUGGUAACGCUGUAUACUUCAGACCAGAGGACGAAUAUGAAAAUCCAGAAACAGUAAAACUAGGCCCUCUGCAGUUUUCCUGGCAAACAGUAUUUAUAUCAAUUAUGAGUACGUUAAUCUCUACGCCAGCCGUUAUUCUGGUCGUCACCUUGUUCAAGAAGGCCAAACCACGAGUAACUGAUUAUGACGUCAAAGACUCAUCACUCAAAUAUUCUUUACCGGUCAUAAACAGUUUCAUGGACAAGGUCUUAAAGGAAAGUAAGGAGCUUGAGCGAACAUUGGUAGCCAAAGGUGUCAUGAGCAAAGACGGAACGAUACUUCCGUUUUGGGUUACUUAUAUUGCUUGGUUUUUGGCGCUUGCUGGAAGCUUCACCUCUGCGUUUUUUAUAAUGCUGUUCAGUAUGGAAUGGGGAAAAACAAAGACUGAAAUGUGGCUGGCUCAAUUUUUCCUCUCCUUUUUAGAAUCAGCAUGUAUUCUGGAUCCUCUAAAAGUUGUGUUGAUGGCGGCGGUAUUUGCUUUAAUAUUUCAACAAACUGAAAAAUUCCGACCGUCAGGUCUGACUCGAGAAAUUGUCUUGAAAAAUUACAGACAACGAUAUGGACAAGAACAGAGUAUACGUAUCCCUGCACCACCACUAAAUCAUUCCCUCUUAGAAAAGGCAAGAGAAGAGCGCAUGCGAGACAUUAAGAUGAUGGACUCAAUAAAACAAGUUUUCAUCACAUUGGUUUACAUAUGGAUUAUCUACAGCAUCAGUUUCAGCAAUCGUGAUACCGGAUCUUACUAUGUUCAAAAAGACAUAUCUAAUCGUCUUCUGACUCCCUCUGGAAAAGACGUACGGAAGUUUGAAAAUGUAAAAACAACAGAACAAUACCUCGAUUGGCUUAAGCAGGUGGCGUUCCCUACCCUGUUUCCGGAGCAGGAGUACAAUGGAGAACGUCUUUACUGGAGACACAGACAAUAUGCAUCCGGUCUAACGAAUUUCAGAGUGGGGCCUCCUAGACUCAGACAAGUGAGAGUUGUCGAAGAUGAGGAAAGUAUUCAUCCCUUCGGCAGUGUUAAAAUAUAUCCCUCGUACAGCAUUAUUAAUGAAGAGGCACGCAGUUUUUGUUUCGGAUGGUCGAAACCUCCCUGUGAUAUUGCAGCAGAGGCUUAUUCGUUCUCUUUCAAGGCCUGGAAAUACACAAAUCCAUUUGAUAUUUGGGGAGUCCCAGUUUUAGGUUACUACAAUUCCUACUCCGGUGGAGGAUACAUCGCAGAGCUGGAUGUGAAUCUUGACUUUACAAAUAGAACCAUGCAGGAAUUGACGGAAAACUUGUGGAUAGACAGAUCAACAAGAGCUGUGUUCUUUGAAUUCACUGUAUAUAAUGCUGAUUUUAAUGUAUUCACUUACAGUAUGCUUGCAACAGAGUUUCCGGAAGUAGGAGGAGUAAUGACAAUGUCAACAAUAUAUCCAUUCCGACUCUAUCACCAUGUUGGACAAACAGGAUAUUACGUCAUUUUCUGUGAAGUUUGUUUUGUGUUGUUUUUGGUGGCUCAGAUUGUAAGAGUCAUAUAUUAUCUAUACAAACUUCGUUUACAGUUCUUCAAAAGUACAUGGCUUGUGUUAGACUUCGUUGGUAUAUUCUUAAGCUUCGUUGCAAUCGCUAUGUACGUGGGCAGAAUGCUUCUAGCAAACGAAACUUUUGCCAAGUUCAAAGCAGACCCAAAAGCUUUCGUCAAUUUUCAACAUAUUGCUUACUGGGAUUCACUUUUUAUUGUCCUCAUUGGGUUGUUAGUAUUUCUAGGAACAACAAGGCUACUUGGAAUUCUGGGAUACGACAAAAGAAUCGGACAGGUGUUCCGUGUGUUCGAUAACUGUGCUUGGGAUUUAUUAUGGUUUGGGGUCUUUUUCCUCUGUCUCUUCGUAUUUUAUGCCAUACUAGGCUACCUUUUGUUUGGACGAGACUUGGAGUCGUACUAUGAUAUUUUCCAGUCACUCGGAACACUCUUCAUUAGUAUGAUCGGUAAAAGUAAAUUCAACGAAAUUAAUGAGGCCGAUCCUCUGAUGGCACAGUUUUACUUCUUUACAUAUGUUCUCUUCAUCGUGUAUUUCCUGCUGACCAUGUUCCUGGCCAUUCUGUGUGAGAGUAUUAAUGUAGUGCAUCAGAAAACCAAGCUGGACCGUUCGGAUGAACUAGUCAUGUACCUCAUCGAUAAAGUCCGAGAUUUCUUCUCGAGAAACAAAGAUGGCAAGAAAUCACAAAAAGAUUUCACCUCAAUCAUGGCGGAGCACCAAAAACCUUUGAAUUUGUUAAAGGAACUGCGGAAGGAUAUCGAUAGCGCCAUGUCUGCCUACUCCGAAAAGGAAGACAAGGACAAGCAGGAUAGAAUGAAAAAACGGGGCAAAGAGUUUUUGAAGAAAUUGGAGCAAGCAAACUAAAACAACGAGAAUACAAUGUUAAUUUGGCCAUCGGGUUUCAGAAUUAUCUAGAACAACACAAAAAUAUGAUGAAAAUCUUUAAGAAUAUGUUGAUUGACUCUUCUCGA